CCAUGCCUCGUUGUCUGUGUAGUUCACUGCGUGAGCAAACACUGCAACUCGCUGCAAGUGUGUGUGAGUGAGUGGGAGUGUGUGUUCCUGCAUGAACAUUGCUUACCCUGCAUUCCCACACACACACACACACACACACACACUCACUGUAUGCACGCUAUGUCUUGACGCUGUAUGGUUGCACACCCUCAGCUGUUUGAAAUCUGAACACAGGCGACAUUUUGGGACAGUGAGGAGAAUCUGGAGGAUUGAAGUCCUGCAGCACGGUCCGUGUUGUUACAGGGGUCAUGGCCUUCUUGGGGAGCGCAGUGCGGAGGGCGGUGGCGUAUCGCCGACCGUUAGGGUCGCUUUACCGUCCUGCGUCUCGCUGCUACAGCGUCCAGAGUGAACACACCACAGAGAAAAGCGUCCCCUACGCCAAGACCCUCAAGCAGGAGGAAGGAAUAAGAGGACCCACCAAACCUCUGCCCCGAUCCGCAGACGCCGUGGUGAUCGGAGGCGGCAGUCUGGGGUGUCAGACGCUCUAUCACCUGUGUAAGAUGGGCAUGACCAAUGUGGUGCUGCUGGAGAGGGACAGACUGACAGCGGGGACGACCUGGCACACUGCAGGUUUAUUGUGGCAGUUGAGGCCGAGUGAUACGGAGGUGGAACUUCUGGCCCACACGAGGAACGUGAUCAGCUCGGAGCUGGAGGAGGAGACGGGCCUGGAGACGGGCUGGAUCCAGAACGGAGGCCUGUUUAUCGCCUCCAACAAGCAGAGACUGGACGAGUACAAGCGCCUCAUGUCGUUGGGGAAGGUGUACGGGAUCGAGUCGUAUGUGCUCUCACCUGCAGAAACCAAAGAGCUUUACCCCCUGAUGAACGUGAAGGAUCUGUACGGGACUCUGUACGUCCCCAAAGACGGCACUAUGGACCCUGCUGGUACCUGUACCACCCUGUCCAGAGCAGCCACGGCCCGCGGAGCCACGGUGAUAGAGAACUGUCCCGUGACGGGCAUCCAGGUGAAGACGGACCACAUGGGUGUGAGGAGAGUGAAGGCAGUGGAAACAGAUUUUGGGACCGUUGAGACCCCCUGUGUAGUGAACUGCGCAGGUGUGUGGGCCACUAAACUGGGGAAGAUGGCUGGAGUGAAUGUUCCUCUCAUUGCUAUGCAUCAUGCCUAUGUGGUGACGGAGAGGAUCGAGGGGAUUCAGAACAUGCCCAACGUGCGGGACCACGACGCCUCGGUCUACCUUCGUCUGCAGGGCGACGCUCUCUCUGUGGGAGGCUACGAGCAGAACCCCAUCUUCUGGGACGAGGUGUCAGAUAAAUUUGCCUUCAGCCUGUUUGACCUGGACUGGGACGUCUUCAUGCAGCACAUCGAGGGAGCAGUUAACCGAGUGCCUGCUCUGGAGCGAACUGGGAUCAAAUCCACCGUCUGUGGACCAGAAUCAUUCACUGCAGAUCACAAGCCGCUGAUGGGCGAGGCUCCUGAGGUCAGAGGAUUCUUCCUGGGAUGUGGCUUCAACAGUGCAGGUAUGAUGCUGGGAGGAGGCUGUGGGAAGGAGCUGGCUCACUGGAUCAUUCACGGGCGGCCUGAGAAGGACAUGUACGGUUACGACAUCAGGAGGUUCCACCAUUCUCUAACCAACAACAACCGCUGGAUCCGAGAGCGCAGUCAUGAGUCCUACGCUAAGAACUACUCGGUGGUGUUUCUGUUUGAUGAGCCUCUGGCCAGUCGCAACAUGAGGAAGGACCCAUUUCACCAGGUGCUGUUGGAACAGGGCUGUGUGUUCCAGGAGAGACACGGCUGGGAGAGACCGGGGUGGUUCAAUAAAGACGGACCUGCACCGGUUCUGGAUUAUGAUUAUUACGGUGCUUAUGACAUUCCGAACCAUAGUGACUACAAAUACAACGAGCUUCUGGGCAAAGAGUACACCUUCGACUUUCCUCCACAUCACGACACGAUCAGAGAUGAGUGUUUAGCCUGUAGAAACGCCGUAGCCGUGUUUAACAUGUCCUACUUCGGGAAGUUUUACCUCACCGGCCCCGACGCCAAGAAAGCAGCUGAUUGGCUGUUCACUGCUGAUGUCAACAAAGCGCCAGGCUCCACUGUGUACACCUGCAUGCUGAAUAAGAAGGGUGGGACUGAGGCGGAUCUCACUGUCAGUCGCCUGGAGCCUGGCCCCGCCCACCUCCCACUGGCUCCUGAAUUUAAUUAUGAUGCAUAUUACUUGGCUGUUGGAGGUGGUGUAGCUCAGCAUAACUGGAGUCACAUCAUGACAGUUCUGCAGGAUCGCGGCUUUAACUGCACACUGAUCGAUCACUCUGAGGACAUGGGCAUGCUCAGUAUCCAGGGACCCAAGAGUCGGGAUUUGCUGCAGGAGGUUGUAGAUGCGGAUCUGAGUAACGAAGCCUUUCCUUUCUCCACACACAAAAUAGUGACAGCUGCUGGACACAAGGUACGAGCCAUGCGUCUGUCCUUCGUCGGAGAGCUCGGCUGGGAGCUGCACAUCCCUAAAGACUCCUGCCUGCCAGUUUAUCAGGCCGUCAUGGCCGCCGGCGCCAAAUACGGCGUCAAAAACGCAGCUUACAGAGCCAUCGACUCGCUCAGCAUCGAGAAAGGUUACAGACAUUGGCACGCUGACCUGCGCCCUGAUGACACGCCUCUGGAGGCGGGGCUUGCGUUCACCUGUAAGAUGAAGUCGUCCAUUCCCUUCCUGGGACGUCAAGCUCUGGAGACGCAGAAGGCUGAAGGCCUGCGCAGGAGAAUCGUCUGCUUCACCAUUGACGAGAAAGUGCCCAUGUUUGGAUUGGAGGCCAUUUUCCGUAACGGCGUUCCGGUUGGACACUUGCGGCGUGCUGAGUUCGGCUACGCCAUCAACAAAACCAUCGGCUACGGAUACGUCCGCAAUCCAGAUGGAGGGGUGGUGAGCCCAGAUUUCAUCCGCAGUGGUGAGUUCACUCUAGAGAGAAUGGGCGUGGUCUAUAAGGCUAAAGCUCAUCUGAAGUCGCCGUUUGACCCGGAAAACAAGAGAGUGAAGGGAAUCUACAGCUCAGAGUGAACAUCUGAAAACUGUCCUGCUCUCGUCCUCGCUGCAGCGCUGAAGGUAAACCGGAGGUCCAGGGACGACGAUGAAGCUGCUGCUGCUGUUACACACACACACACACACACACACACACACACACUCUCAAGACUUUUCCAGCAGAACUAAACACUCUCUCGGUUCUGCGUUCAUGUGUAGUGCGAGUUGGACACGUCUGAUACAGAAGCCGUUUUUUUGUGUGUGUGUUUUUAUUGUUUGUAUCAUUUAUUGUGACAGUUUAAAUUUUGUGUACUUACAAUUUAAUCACAUUUGACAUCUUCAGCACUAAAGUCAUCUUAUAAAUUGUUCUAAUCUGACAAAUAAAAUGUAUUUGCAAGGAGUUUGAGCAAUAAAAUGAAAAUGUACUGAAA